GGAGAUAACAACGAUUCGUCUCGCAAAAGACAUCUCACAGCCUCCCGGGUACUCCCCUACGCGCCCGCUCCGCUCUUCCGCACCAUCUCCGCCGUCGAGUCGUACUCUUCCUUCCUUCCCUUCCUCACCGCGUCGACGGUGACGGCCCGCGACGAGCGCACGGGAUUACCCUCCGAAGCCUUCCUAACGGUCGGGUACGGCCCGCUCAGCGAGACGUUUACAUCCAAGGUUGAUUGUGAUGAGAGGGCUUGGGUGGUUGAGGCGAGGAGCGGAGGAAUCGCUCCUCAUGGGACUCGGACCGGCCACCCCCCCCCGUCAGGUUUUAGCUUGGAUAAAGCCAUUCCGGGCGCCAACGAAGGUAUCUUCGAGUAUAUGAGUACGCGGUGGGAAUUGGUGCCGCUCUCUACUUCUCCGGUUUCUACAAAGGUGCAGCUGGAGAUCCGGUUCGAGCUGCGGAGCCAGCUGCAUGCUGCAAUGAUGGGGGCGGUCGAGGGGCAAAUGGCUUCGUUGAUGAUCGAGGCGUUUGAGAGGAGGAUACGAGACACGUAUUAG